CAAGAGUAAGCUCCAACUCUAUCGACGACUCUUCUGUUGUACGACUCUUAGCAUCCAUUGAAACAUUUGAGGAUCAGCAGCAUAUUCAUACAAUGGCAGCGACGAACUACGAGGCCGCUAUCUCCUUAAUAGAUGAGGCCCAUGCUCAAGACCCAAAAAUUACGAUUGUCGAUGGCCACGAUGUACCGUACGAGCUCCACUACGCGCAGAAAAUGACACACUACCUCGAACAAAGAGCUCCCGAUGCUUCCCCUAUUCUCAAAGUCGCAAUCCGAGCCCAACACUUUAGACGAUGGGAAAUCCCUCGAGACUCCUACCCUAUGACGAAAGUCGGAUACUUGAAUUGGAGAACAUUCUUGAAAAAGCGACAGGCAGACCUUGCAUCUGCGAUCUGUAUUGGAUGCAAUUUCACAACAGAGGAAGCGGAAGAGGUCGCGAAAUUGAUACGGAAGGAAGAUUUGAAGAAGAAUGAGGAGACGCAGAUAUUGGAAGAUGUCGCGUGUCUGGUGUUCUUGGAUGAUCAAUUUGACGCUUUUGAGAAGGAACACGAUGAGAAGAAGAUUAUUGACAUACUGAGGAAGACGUGGGGAAAGAUGUCGGAGAAGGGACACGAGUUGGCUCUGAAGAUACCAAUGUCUGAGUCCAGCAAAGAGCUGAUCGGGAAAGCUUUGGCAGGAUAG